CACUCCUCCACCAUGCAUGCACCCGGCGUGUCGAGUGCAUAGCCAGCCAUGGCGCCCGUGACAGUCCCGAACAAUGGCAGCCCAAGUGACCGCGCGCCCACAGCCCCAGGACGGCUCCUUCAUCCUGCGCAGGCUGGUGUCGGACCUGCCCUUGUCCGCCGACGGGGGUGCUGAUGUGCACAUAACCUGCGUCGAAGUGUGGAACGGCAACCUCUACGUGGGCACCUCGGCCGCCGAGAUCCUGCACUUCGUCCUGCUCCCGCCAGACCCCAGCGAUGCCUCGGAGGAGCCCACGGCCAUCAUCGCCUCGCGCCUCGAGCCCCCCCACAACGACGCCAACGGGCCCGGCGUGCAGCAGAUCCUGCUGCUCCCGCGCGUCAACAAGGCCUGCAUCCUCUGCAACAACACCCUCUCCAUCUACUCGCUGCCCGAGCUGAGCCCCGACUCGACCUUCAAGCCCAUCUCGUGUCUGUGGGUGGGCGGCGUCGACCUGAACGAGGACGACGACGAGUCGGCUGGGCGCGGUGUCGUCGUCGUCAUUGGGCUGAAGAAGCGCCUGCGACUGGUCCAGAUAUCCGAGAACUCUCCGCCCAGGGCCCUCAAAGCGAUAGAGUACGGCGGCUGCUUGACAUCGGUCAGGCGUGAUGACUACUCGUGCGCCGCCGAUGCCCACUCGUAUGCGCUGCUGGACGUCAUGCACCAGCAGAAGAUUGGCCUCUUCCCAAUCUCUUCGCUGGAUCCAGAUGUCGGAGACGUUGGCGGAGCUGCCGAAACCCUUGCCACCGUGUCUGCCGGCCCCUCUAGAAGCGUCUCCACGGCGAGUGCCCAUCCGCAGUUCCAGGAGGAGCAGCGCGGCCACAGUCGCAGCACGAGCUUGAAUAUUCUGGGCGCCAGGGGACUGACAUCUCGGACACCAAGUCCACGCCCUCCAGCGCCGCGAUAUGGCUUCGACGUGCCCGAGUCACUCUCGCGGACCGCAUCCCCAGCCCCCAGUCGCUCGCCAGCUCGACCACCGAGGGGAGAGCCUCACAGUAGAACGUCCAGCCAGUCGCGACCUCAGUCUGACAAACUGCUGCCGCUCCCGCCCUCAGAAGAACGCACAAGUCAAGCCGAACAGCCCCCACCCCCACCGCCCUUCGUCCCCUUGCGACCCCACAUCGCAUCUCCAUCCCCGAAUGAGUUCUUGCUCACCGUCGGAACCACUCCGUCCGAGCAGGGAGUGGGCAUGUUCGUCAACCUAGACGGCGACAUGUGCAGAGGAAGCAUACAGUUUAGCAGCUACCCCGACGCCAUCAUAGUGGAUGGGUCAGGCAUCGACUUGACUGCGUCUAUGGGUCCGGAUAUGGAUGCCGAACCAGGCUACGUCUUAGCAGCUGUCCAUCGAGAGGAGAAUGAUAGAGUCUCGUAUGGAGUUGAGAUCCAACGAUGGGACGUGGACGCUGGCACUGACGAAGCUGACAAGGAGUGGCUAAAUCUCAGCUCACUAGGACUCACGUCACAAGAGAUAGGGACCCACAUCUCGACACCCCUGGGUAUGCGUACGGUCGUGCAGCCUUACGACCUAGUCCUGUCUGAGAUUGGAGCAAAACUCUCAGUAAAGCGUUUACGGUUGUCUCCUGCAGACGGCUCAGCUGCAGAAGACGAAACCAAACACGUCGUGACGGCACAGGAACAGGCCGACCUCGAUUUCACCCAGCGGCUUUCGAAGCUGCAAACACAAAACGUGCUGUGGGCAGGGAACCAGAUCUGGUGGACCGUUCGCAACCCGCUCGUAACACGCUUGGAUUCUCGAUUGGAAGCGGCACAGUCUACACCCACGGGCGACGGGCUGCGCAUCCAGCCUAAUCGAGGGAUUGUCGAAAGAGUGCUAGGCGACAUUCGAGGCCAAGAACCACGCAAUGAGUCGGACUACCUUAGCCUCAUCUAUAUCCGUCAAAAGGCGUCGGUACUGCUCCUCAUGGAUGUUGUACUGCGCACUCAAUCAAACAUCAUCAUCUUCGAGAAUGAAAAGCGCAUCACCGAGCAAGCCUUGGUUGAGGGUGAAGCAGAUCCGAGAGUAAUCUUGAGUCUACUACCAGUUUUGAACCAAGAGGUCGUGCAGGGGUCGGAGGGGAUACAGAUAUCCGGCGGUGUCACGUCGCUUGUAGAAGAGUUCUUGCGGCAGAACAACCUCUCAGUCAUGCCGACCACUGUCAACGGAUCGUUCGGCGAAAAUUUGCUUCCCCUUAUGAAGAGGUAUCUCCAGUUUUGGAGGAGGAGAAAGGGCAUGGCUAGCGUGACAAACGACCCCUGUGUGUUUCAAAGUAUCGACGCCGCGUUGCUGCACAUCCUCUUACUGCUCGAUGAAAGCAGCCCGGAAGGGACCUCCAGCCCAGGAACCCACCGAGCCGAAUUGUACGAACUAGUCGACAAGGAAGUUGAAUGCUUCGACCGUGCCAUCGAGCUGCUCGAACAGUUCAAACGUCUCUACGUCUUGAGUCGUUUGUACCAGAGCAACUGCAAGGCGUCAAUCAAAGCAUCAAAAGUGCUCGCGACCUGGAGGCGAAUCCUAGAAGGCGAGCCAGACGCAGGCGGCGAGUUUGUAGACGGAGAAAACGAGGUGCGGAAAUACCUCUCGCGCAUUCGAGACCAGGCACUCGUCGAAGAAUACGGCGCUUGGCUGGCGAACCGCAAUCCCCAGCUCGGCGUGCAGAUCUUCGCCGACGACCACAGCAGGGUCAAGUUCGAGCCCACACGCGCUGUCGCCCUCUUGCGGGAGCGGGCCCCCGGUGCCGUGAAGGAGUACCUCGAGUACCUCGUCUUCGGCAAAAAGCACACGCAAUACGUCAACGAGCUAAUAACCCACUACCUCGACACCGUCAUAACAGAACUCGAAUCCCACCCCACCUCCCGCGCCACACUCUCCCAAACCUACGCAACCUACCGCAUCCUCGCGCCCCCAAAACCAACAUACCACCAAUUCAUCACCGACAACGCGCCCCCAGCCCCCUGGUGGCAAGCCCGCCUCCGCCUCCUCCAACUCCUAAGCUCCACCCACCCCACAACCUCCUCCACCUACGACAUCGCCGCCAUCCAAGCCCGCCUCGCACCCUUCUCCCACGACCUCACCUCAGAAAUGAUCCUCCUCCACGGCCGCCAGGCAAACCAUCACCAAGCCCUCCGCCUCCUAACCCACCACCUCGCAGACUUCGACUCCGCAAUCGCUUACUGUCUGCACGGAUACCACGCCCUCUCCCCGGACCCGCACCCCUCCGACCCGCCAUCCCGCGCCCAGCAAUCAGCGCUCUUCAACGCCCUACUCGCGGAGUUCCUGCGCAUAGACGACGUUGCGCAGCGUGUGCAGCGCACGAGCGAACUUCUGGAUAGAUUUGGUGCGUGGUUUGAUGUGGGGGAUGUGUUGGCGCUUGUGCCGGAUGGGUGGAGUGUGCAUGUUUUUUCGGGGUUUUUGAUACGCAGUUUGAGGAGGUUGGUGAGGGAGAGGAAGGAGAGUGGGGUUGUGAGGGCGUUGAGUGAUGCGCAGAAUUGUGGGGUUGGGGGGGAGGUGGUAAGGGUUAGGGAGGGGCUGGGGAGUGGGUGUACGGUGGAGAUGUAA